AUGAUAUCCGCCAGCCUGAACCCUGGUCUGAAGACAGUCAACGCCAAAAUGGUCAUCCCAGAGCUGGAAGCAGCCGAAGCUGAAACGCCCGCCCAAGAGUCACGCGUCCUAAUCAUCAUGACCGGUGGCACAAUCUGCAUGCAACCCUCACCAGCCGGCUUCAUCCCAGCGCGGGGGUUCCAAGAAAAGUGCAUGGCGCCAGUCCCAACCUUUAACGACGGCUCCGCCAGCGCAACGAUGGACGUGGUCGUCAACGCGGCACACGACAUGAAAGAACACCCAAGCCUACGCACACCGAUGACGGCCUAUGGGCGACAGGUGCGGUACACGGUUUUUGAGUUCGAAGAACUGCUCGACAGCAGCUCCAUUGACGCAAGGGGCUGGACCCAGAUCGCCGAGGCGAUCGAGCGGAAUUACACGCUCUUUGAUGGAUUCGUUGUCCUGCACGGCACGGACAGUCUGGCGUAUACAUGUUCGGCGCUCAGCUUUAUGCUGCAGAAUCUCGGGAAGCCGGUUGUUCUUACUGGGUCGCAGGCGCCUAUGCUUGAGCUCCAAAACGAUGCUACGCAUAAUUUGCUUGGGUCGUUGGUUGUUGCGGGGCAUUUUAUGAUUCCCGAGGUGUGUUUGUAUUUUAAUAAUCGGUUGUUCCGGGGAAACCGGACGACGAAGGUUGCGGCGAGUGAUUUUGCCGCGUUCGAUGCGCCGAAUUGUGCUCCGUUGGCCGUUACGAAUUCUAUGCGGACCAAUGUCAAUUGGGAUGCGGUGCACCGUCCUACGAGCUUGGAGCCGUUUAGUAUUCAGACGAAUCUGGAUACUACCCAUGUUGCUUGUCUGCGGAUCUUCCCUGGUAUCAAGCCGGAGAUGGUGGAUGCGGUGCUGAAGCUGGAUGGCUUGCGCGGGUUGAUUCUGGAGACUUUUGGCGCAGGUAAUGCGCCCUCUGGCCAGGAUAAUGCCAUGAUCAACGUCCUGGCCAACGCUAUCCAGCGGGGGAUUGUUAUCGUGAACGUCACGCAAUGUCUCACGGGCAGCGUCAGUCCAGUCUAUGCCACAGGCAUGAGUCUCUCCCGAGCAGGGGUCGUAGCUGGUCUCGACAUGACAACCGAGGGCGCAUUGACGAAACUUGCCUAUCUCCUCGCACUACCAGAAAACACCCCGGAAUCCAUCGCCAAACGCAUGUCAGUCUCUAUCCGAGGUGAGCUCACCGAGUCAUCAUUACCUAUCUUCCGACACCCGGAUGGCGGACUCCCCGAUCGCAUCCAGACACUCACAGCAAUGGGCUAUGCCAUUGCCCUCGGCGACCUGGAGAAGGUCCAAGCCAUCACCAAUACAGAACACCACUGGCUCCUGAACGACGCCGACUAUUCCGGCAAUACGCCCAUCGUAAGCAAUCCCUUUCCAUCUCAGCCCGUCCUCGCAAUUUCCCCCUCGUCCCCUGUCCCCUGUCCCUUGUCUCACCUCCCUAUCUCUGGCAUCCCUUAUCUUGCACCACUAACCCAAACCCAGCAUCUGGCCGCAACAUCCCCGUCCCUACAAAUCCUGCACUUCCUCCUAUCGCAAGGCGGCUCGGUGCAUCUCCGCAAUCGUGCCGGCCGCACCCCGCUCUUCUUGGCCGCGAACGCGGGCCUCUCGGAGCACACGCUCCUCCUCCGCAAAUCCGGCGCUCAUCUACAUUCGGACGAGCGACCUGCCGCCGAACUCCUGGCGCGUCAUCGUCCUUUCGUGUGGGGGAUGGCUGGAGUUGGGCCGAAAGAGAUAAGCCAGCGGGAGAUGGAUGAGGAGUGGGAAUGGGAUGCUGGGAAGAAUCGGAUGAUUCCUGGGUCGGCGCCUUAG